GUUGUAGGUGGACACGUUUUCAGCACCGAGCUGCACGGAAUUCGGACUACCACAAGAGUGAGCUGGCUAUUGUUGUGUUUGGUGAUGAAAUGGAUGAGAGAAGGAUUAUCUUCCUGUGAGAGUUUUCAGAAGAGCCUCAGUGGAGUGCCGAUUCGAGCCAAGGCUCGAGGAAAAUCUGUGUGAUCGCAUUAGUUCAGAGCAUUUCUGACACUGAUAAAUGAUAAGUGUAAUGUGAGUGAAGCAGUUGAAGCAUCGAUGUUCAAAUGUGCCGCUGCUAAAUCGUUCAUGGAAUUAUUUCGCAAACAAAGCGUGUUGAAUUUUUCGUCCUGCUGAAGUUUGCUGAGCUGCUAAAGCGGGAAAGCUUUGCAAUUGUUAAUACAGCUUGGAGUGUGUGAAAUUCAAAUCCUGACGAGAAAUAAAAAAAUAAAUACAGUGUUUUAGCAGAGCAGAUAGCGUACUUGAGAUGUAUUCAAAGGACUGUAAGUCCAAGAGCACAGUGUGUUAUAAUUAAAUUGUGCGUCCCGCGGUAAAAGGCGAAGCAGACCAAUCGUUUAUAAUUAACCCAUCGAAAAAAGAAGUGAAAAAUAAGUUCUACUUGCUAGUAGAGUGAUAAUUAGUGAGCGUGAAAUUGUGCAAAAGAGUAGUGAAAACCGAAAGCUAUUAAAACAGCUACGGUGCGAAAAAAUUCAGCCCAGUGAAACUGAAAAAACCCUCGAACCAGUUGGAUUUACGAAAGGAACAUCGAAUAAAUCACUCCCAAUGGCAGCGAUUCCGUUGGGAUAAAAGAACAAAGUUAGUAUAAUUGUGUCGUUAGGCGAAAAAGGACACGGAUUACGAAUUCAUCAGUUUGUAAUUGUCAACGGACGGAACAAUGCUCGACGUUUGCAAAUCAAUAAAUGCUCGGCCGUUGCAGCCUUUUCACACAGUGCAGUAUGAAUGAUGCUCAAUAGGGUAAUUAUGAGCUGCUUAUUGCCGCCAUAAACAGACUUUCGCAUUCGCUGUAACACAGUUUUUCAUGUCCUUUCAUCGUUCUCCGGCAAAAGCUCCCGUCUGUUAAUGAGCUAGUGUAGCCCAUAUUUCAAUGAUGGCAACAUAAAAAACGCAGAGCAGAAUGGUUGUUUUUGCCUACCACCAACCACCCACCUACUAUGUUAAUACAAUUAUGACGUAAAAAUAAAAAAAUAACUAAAAGCAUUAUCUACUUACGGUUUAAAACAUAGAGAUUAGUGCUCAGCUAAAAAUAAGCGAGGAUUAGAAAAGCGUGCGUUGAAUCGAGUUCUUCAAAUUAGUCAAAUUAUUCGUUCGACAAUUCGCGGAAUAAACAUUUCCCAUUCGAUCGUGCCGAUCAAAUUUUCAUGUAUGCCUCGGUGCCAUCCGUUAUUGGGGCUGGUUUCGAAUAGGAAAUAUUCCGGAACGACAAAGCCGGCACAACACCCUAGCCCAUUCGGGAUGUUUAACUCGCACUUUACCUAAUUCCACACCGGCGAACACAAAAUAAUCAGAAUACGAGAGUGUAUGUUGCAUUCAGCAUCACAUUUGCAGAGACGAGGACGUGCGCUCCCCAAACCAUUCCGGAUCACUCAAAUCGCAUAAAUUCCCACGCAAUCCCCGAUGGUAACGGCGUAAAUGUUGCAAGCGAAAUUGUUGUGAUGUGAAGCGUUGCAAAGAAUGCAUGAUGCUAAUUGAAUUUAUGAAAACUAAUUAAAUGUUAAUGAUGACGAGUGACAUAAAUUAAGGAAUAGUGCUGGUGCCAACAAAAUUUUGGUUGAACUUUGGUGCGAUCGAUACAACAGUUGACACGGAAAAGAUUUUCUGAUCCUAUGAACUGUACGAGGUAAUCGAUUUGUCCGGCAAAUUGUCAGUUGUAAAACCCGGUUCAGGAUAAAAUGGAUUACAGGAUACUGAUAGUUUUCUUCUUGACGGCAGUCUGCGUAAAAGAUUCCGCCAGUCUACAACGAUUCGCCGAGCAGCCAAAGUACACCGAAGUGAACCCGGGUCAGGAUGCACUACUGGUGUGUAAAGUGAUUGACAAGCGUGGUGUGUGCUCGUGGCAAAAAGACAACAAGCCAGUGGGAAUCUAUCCGAAAAAGUACGAAUGGGCGAGCCAGUACGGGAUCACCCAGACAACACAUGUAGGCGGUGACUGCUCCUUGUGGGUUCGCGCCGCCCAGCUGGAGUUUGACGAUGGACUGUGGGAGUGUCAGGUGACGGCAAGUGACUUCACGACGCAAGACGCACUCACUAGUCAACCAGUCAGAUUGGUGGUCAGAGUACCGCCACAACGGCCCAGACUGGAGCAUGAAGGUGUGCAUGUUCCUCCCGGGCACAACGUUACCGUAGACGCCGGUGCAAUGGCUACCGUGAAAUGUGUCUCGCACUACGGAAACCCUCCAGCACAGUUGAAGUGGUUUUUAGGGGAUCAGGAAAUAUCUCCACUUCAUCCGCAAAUCAAUUCCACGGAACCGGAUAAUCCCAGGACGUGGUCAGCUGCCACCGUGGUUCAAAUUCCAGCAAAUAAGGAUCGACACGGCGCAAUCCUCAAGUGUCUCGCAAUGCACGAGUCUUAUGCAGCUCGUUCGGUAGCUGUCGAUGCACGACUAGAUGUUAAGUACGCUCCCACGAUAAGACUGCUCGGGGCUCCUCAGAUCGAUCUGGAGGAAGGAAAAGACUCGCUCAUUCUGCGAUGUCUAGCAGACGCCAAUCCUACUGCCAGCAUAGUGUGGCGUCGGGCGGGCCGCUCGGAAAUAGCUAGUUUACAAGAAUCACUGCAGCUAAGACCUGUAGGUAGAAGAGAUGCCGGUUUAUACACGUGUCAGGCACAAAACUCGGUGGGAACAUCGGACACUCUUUCAGUUCAGUUAGACGUAAAAUAUGCUCCAAAAAUAUUAUCAGCCGGUCCGGAUCGUCUAACGACGGCUCCUCUUUUCAGUCCUGCUGCAUUCGAAUGUGUAGCGGAAGGAAAUCCACCACCCACUUAUAAGUGGGUACAAAGGAUCUCAACACAGGGUAAACCAUUCCUCGAUAGAGGACGAGAAUCAAGACUGGUAAUAGAUAAUGUAACGUACGACUAUCAGGGUGAGUACGAAUGCCGGGCAACAAACUUCAUCAAUGGACAGGAAAGGACGGCCACAUCUGAUCCGAUAGCACUUCAAGUGGUAGGAGCGCCACAGGUUCUCCGAACGUCACCAACAGCCACCGGACAUUCCGUAUCGGUGCGGAAAGGAGACUCUGCCACACUUUCGCUGAUUGUAUGUGCCGAUCCCAGACCACGGCAUGUUGCCUGGGAGUGGGGCUCGCUGCGCUUGGAAGCGGGAUCCGGAAUUGGCCGCUACCGAGUGGACGACGUUACGCAAGACAGUCGGGAAGACUGUUACCUGGCCACGUUGCACAUCGACGAUGCUGACCUGCAGGACCAGCGGCCCUACUACUUGGUGGUCGAGAAUGAGCGGGGUACUGACCGACAUGCCAUUAAUCUCCGUGUUGAGGGGAUGUUUUCAGCAGUGGAGCCACUGGAGCUCAGCUACCUGCUCGGAAUCGCCGGGGGAUGCCUGGCGGCCUUCCUAAUGCUCAUCUGUCUGUGUAUCUACACGAUACGAAGGAGAAAGUGUUGUUUCAGAAAUCGAAACAACUACAAAACCUCAGAAAAAGAUAGCGAAAAAGCGGAUCUGAAAUCACGAUCCGACAGCACCAGCGUUCCACCGCUCGAUUCCAUCUAUACGACCCCGACCGGUUUCCAUCACCAUCAGAACGGAACUCCUGGCUCGCCGGAAGCUAUGAAGUCAACAACAGCGUCCAACACCUUCACCACACGAAACAAUCAACUGUAUUUGGGUGAGAAUGUAAAUACUACCAGCAAUGCCGAUUUGGUGCUGGGUGCGUUGCGACAUCAACGCGACUUAUUCAGUGGCUCACUGGGGAUACCCGAUGUCACGACACGUGUAGGCAGUGUAAUACAUGCAUUCGAAUCAUUGGCUCGAGAUAGGCAAACACUAGAAAGAAACGGCAGCGAAAAGCCAUACGAUUCCACAGUGGGGCCGCGCUACCGCUCCCACAAAACUAACAUCAAACGAGUUAAUGAUAACCGACAUAAAAUCAUUUUGCCCACUCCCAAGAUUUCCCCAUCCUCGACUGAUUCCUUGACCCUAGUACAGCAACCCUAUCCCAGAUCAAGCUCCUAUAGCAACAUCAUCAAUAGUGGCAGCAGCAGCAGCAAACACAACAACGGCAGUAGUAGCAAUAAUCUACAUUCUAAUAACAAUAAUUUAGGGCAGUAUUUUCUUCAGUCAAAUAACCAUAAUAAUCAUAACCAGACGAUACCAAGAACGAAUCUCCAGUCGAAUGCUGGCUCCGGGAUCCAUUAUAAUCUGGCUAACGAUAAUGAAUCAAGCAAUUUCGAUUCGCUGAAUCUGGACGAUGAUUACCGUAAAAGCUCUUUUGGCAAGCAAUCAAAACUCCAGCCAACCACUGCUUCAAUUGGGACGCUCAGUCGUAAUCAACAUUUAAAUGAUGCAACCACUAGCGUAGCCAAUAGUAGCACUACCAACUUCCACAGUCCUUUCCAUGUGGCGGCAGAAGGCAACCACAGUAGAAACAAUCCGAACGUAUUUUUUACCACGACAACAUCGCUGCCGCAGCCCCCCGUUUCGGCGCAGCAGAUUCCGGAAAAGGAUACACCAUCAUCGAUGACAACUGCGGCGCCAUCCAACAGUAGGACGGGGAAGGCAUCAGCGACUUCGCCACAAACGUCAGCUACAACAAUGCGUUAUUACAACCACGAUAACAACAAUAAUAGCAGCAAUCGGCGCACCGCCACUGGCGUCGGUGGCAAUUACGGGAAUGAUGAUAGCUACAGCGUUGAUAACAAAACCACUCAUGACAAAUUCCUUCGCGGUAGCACCGUCAGUCAAUCAUUCAUCAAAAACGUGAAGAACAUGCGAAGAAAGUCCUCCUCCUACGAUCUGCAAAGUGCCAAUGUUGGGCUGACAGGAGGUGGAACCGCAAAUUCUACUUCGGCCGGUUUCAAACAACGUGGUGGAGCGUUAAUGACGUCGGCAGCUAGACACCUUUACAAACGAACACCAAAAGGUCCUGGCUUCGAUAAUGACACUGAUGAAUUAACCACCCACAACACUCACAUCCCGACUAGUACCGGCAAGCAACGGGAAUCUGCUAGCAUCGACAGUAACCGUAGCUCAGGUAAGCGGAAAAUGUUUCAUCCAACAACAUUAGAUAGGGCGGAAAUUUGAUGAUUAGGUAAAAAACUCAACCAUUAGUGUAGCGUUUUAGACUCGUAAGAAAUAAUCAAGAAGGUACUCGAGUUACUUAUUCUACAUCUUGUCGUUUGCUAUUCGAUUGCAACUUGUACAAACGAUUUCGCUUGGUUUGAGUUGGAGUACUCAACCGGCAAUUACCUUUAGGCGAACGAAACCCAUGUGUCAUAAAACGAACCAAAAAAAGCGAAGAAUAAAUAUGUAAAUGUUUAUCGAUUCUACUUAGUGUAUAGCACAUAGGCCGUAUACAUUUGAAAUGGUUUUUCAGUCCAUCUAGUAUUACGGUGAUAAAAGUCGUUAAUUUUAAUGUUGAAAUUGAUUUACUCUAUGCACAAUAAUUGCGUUAGCUAUUUCGAGUUAAAUUUAUUAACUAAUUCUCUCCAUUUAACCAAUUGAUAUCGAACGUCCUUGCAAGAACUACAAGAUGCAUUGAGGAUAUAAAAUCAAACACAAAAGUACUUCCAAGCUGUCAUCAAAAAGACUUCAUUAUAUACAAAUACAAACCUGUUUUUAUGUUUGACCGUUCUUGCCAACUAUAAAAUUAGCUAUAAAUGAUACUGUUGUAGAUAACGUUUACAAAAAGCAGCAUAUUUUAAACAGAUGCAUUCAAAAGCAAGAUGGAAGAGUUAAUGAAAAAAACUGAAAGAAUACUAUUUUAUAAAACACUGUUAAACUUACCGCCAAAAUGCAUGUACAAUGAGAAUUUAAUCUUGAAAUGCAAAUUUAACAUACAAAAUGAAUUGAGUUUAAAAAAUGGAACAUCAAAAAACUGUAACAGAACUAACAAUCAAACAAAGUAAAUAAAUGGAUUGAUUUAAAAAAUUCUUGU